AUGUCGCCCAGUCAGCUUCUUGUGAUCUUCGCUUUGCUGAACCUAAAUACUCGUCUAGUAUUUGGCCAAACCACUAUUGAUUGCCAAAGACCGCCGCAACUAGUGGACCCAGCACUUUGCUGCAAGGAUGGGGGCCGCGACCAGGUGUCCGAGCAGUGCACACAGCGGAUUUUAGGAACAGCAAAUGGACAGAAGGCAGGAGCUCCUCCAUCAUUGGACACGGCAGCAUGCCUCGCUGAGUGCAUCCUCACUUCCUCUAAGUAUAUCGAUGGGCCCCAAACACUGAACUUGGCCAACAUACGCAGUGAUCUCUCAGCCAAGUUCUCCAACGAUACCCUUUAUGUGGAAACCAUGACCAUGGCCUACUCCAAAUGCGAGCCCCAAUCGCAGCGCAGACUGGCUGUGAUCAUGCAGCAGCAACAACAGGCGCAGCAGCAGCAGCAACAGCCCCAGCAGCAACAACCAAGAUGCAGCCCCUUCUCAGCCAUCGUCCUCGGGUGCACCUACAUGGAGUACUUCAAGAACUGCCCCGCUCAUCGGUGGACUCAAAAUGCCCAGUGUGCUCUGGCCAAGGCCUAUGUGACGCAGUGCGGCUUGGGUGCCUAA